AAUGUGUCAAGGAAUUACUUACUAUAAUGUUUCAUACCAGUACAGCUAAUCCUAGGCUGAAAAUGAAUGUUAGUGAGAUGCAUAAGGAACUUUUGAAAAGGAUAGCUGAUAGAGAAAUUUCUAAAGAUAAUAUGCCAAAAAUUCCCACAAUUGCAAAUUAG